AUGAUAGUAACCCGAAUAUAUAAAACGCUAUGUCAAGAGGUUCAUAACCAAAUGUGGUUUUUAAUUUCAUUCAGUGUUAUGGUGGUUUGUGGGGGGACUGCGGUGUUCUAUUCACAUCUAACUGACAUCUUUAUUUUUGAGAUUUGGCUGUAUAUUACGUGGCCGUGGAUGUGUUGUUGUAUGGUGUCACUUAACGCAAGCGAUCCGGGAAGAAUCUCUUCCCGUGCCGCCUAUUUUUCCCGUCACUGUUCCGAGAAACUGAAGAUGAUCGACAUCCACUUGUUUGGGAAUAACAUAACUGCAAAGUAUAAAAAAUGUUAUUUGCAAAGGCCUUUCUGUGCGUCGUGUAAAUUUGUAAGACCUUUAAGAGUCCACCACUGUCGUCGCAGUAACUGCUGUGUCGAUCGAUUUGAUCAUUGGUGCAGUUGGGUGGGUAACACUAUCGGGUCAUACAACCGAAAAACAUUUUUUGUGUUUCUGACAAUAACAUUUUUCACGGAUAUUGUGGCUGCUCUCGUGUGUGGAAUUGCGGUUUAUAAAAUGUUUUUGAAAAUGUUAUUUGGGAUCGUUUUGAAAUGCCCACUACUUGUACUCUCAUUUUGUAUUUUCUCAAUCGUCUCUUUCUUCAUUUGCAAAUUAUGGGCUUUUCACGUCAAGGCAAUGCUGCACAAUUACACAACUUACGAAUAUAUCAAAAACAAAGAUGUCAAUCUCCCUAAUCCGUUUGUUACUAUUUAUGUAUUGUUCAUUUACUAUCAAUUUAUUAUUUUACCAGAUUCAAAUGAUCGAGAUAUGACGAAGGAAUGUGGACAAACUUCAAAAAAUUCUUUUUCGUUUCCAACAGCUCUUGUAUACAUUGUUAACUAUCGGUUCUUUUCAUUGUUUAGUUAUU